AUGAACGAAGUCAUCAAAGUGUUGGAAGAAAGAUCACUGGUAAGUUCAAAAGAAGCAGAAAGUCUACAAUCAACAUUUGAAAAUAAACAUCUUCAAUUUCUGUAUAAUUUCAAAAACUUAAGGGCAUCACCAUCAGGAAGGAGAUAUUCGGAUGAAAUAAAAGAGUUUGCUGUGACUUUAUACUUUUACUCACCGAAAGCAUACAAAUAUGUUAGGUCCAUUAUCCCAUUGUCAAACCAAUCUUUGAUAAGAAAAUGGUCAACUUCGUUUAAAUGUGACCCAGGCUUUAUAGAAGAAGCAUUCACAUCCCUGUCUGAUUUAAUCUCAGGUUCACCAAUUAACAAGGACUGCUGUUUGGUAAUCGAUGCGAUGUCCAUUCGUAAGCAGACACUCUGGGAUGCUGAAAAAUAUCGGUACUCAGGAUUUGUUGAUUUUGGUGAUGAAAUUCAUAAUGAUAAGUCCGCAACACUGGCUUCCGAGGCAUUAGUUUUUCUGUUGGUCGGAACGAGAAGUCAUUGGAAAUGUCCCAUCGGAUACUUUUUAGGAGAUAAAAUCAGCGCCAAAGACCAGGAAAAAUUAGUAUCAAAAUCAUUGGAAAUGGCAGCAAAAGCUGGACUAAAGGUAUGGUCGAUGACAGCAGAUGGGACAGCAGUCAACCUUAGAACAUUUGAAAUUCUCGGUUGUAGUUUUAAUGGCAGUUACGAUGAGAUGACCACUUCAAUCAUUCAUCCAACUACUGGUGAAGAAGUUUUUAUCAUUCUUGACCCCUGCCACAUGCUUAAACUUGCUCAUAAUGCUUUGGCACAUCUUGGGACAAUUGUUGAUG